AUGCAUCAAAUUCAAGCCAUGGCUUCUUCUUCAAUCAAAUCGCCAUUAAUUUUCUUCUUUGUGAUCUCUCUUUUCCUCCGAGGAAUAUUUGCUGAGGUGAUUUGCGAUAACCUGCCAUCGAAUUUUUGUUCAUUUGCAAUUGCGUCGUCGGGGAAGAGAUGUGUGUUGGAGAAAUACAGAAACGACGUCGGAAAGUUGGAAUACACAUGCAAGACAUCGGAGGUGGUUGUUGAGAGAAUGACUGGAUAUAUAGAGACCGAUCAAUGUGUAAAAGCCUGUGGUGUUGAUCGGAGCUCUGUCGGAAUAUCCUCAGAUGCCUUACUUGUACCGCAAUUCACCCAAAGCCUAUGCUCGCCGGCGUGCUAUCGGAAUUGCCCAAAUAUUGUUGACCUUUAUUUUAACCUAGCUGCCGGAGAAGGGGUAUUUCUACCUCGUCUUUGUGAGAAACAAAAGACCGAGCCUCACCGUGCCAUGAUGGAGCUUUUGAGUAGUGGUGGCGUUGCCCCGGGUCCCGUGGCUGAAGAACCUUCUGGUUCUUACGUCGCCGAUGAAUCAGAUUCCUCGCCUUUUUAA